AUGAUACACCUAUCAUCAUCUAAAGCUUGUCUUAAAUUGCCUCGAAACGUUGAAGAUUUUUUGCGUUCUGUUGGAGCUCACUUCAGUAGAAGUUCACAAAGACAACUAAAAUUUAGAGAGUUUCAAGAAUUCUUUCAAGUGGAGAUUCAUAAAAUUCUCACACCAGCUCAAACUCGAUGGCUCUCGCUGAAAGCGUGUAUAGACCGUGUCUUAGAGCAGUAUACUCCAUUAAAAGCCUACUUGACAGAAACAGUCUUCUCAGAUCCGUCGAAGACUACCGAAGAAAUGCUGAUUACAAUGAACAACCAAUUCACUGUGGUAUAUUUGGAGUUCAUGUCUUACGUACUUGCACUGGUAACAAAAUUCAAUGUCUUGUUUCAAUCAGAAACUUCCCUUCUUUACAAAUUGAAACCAGAAGUCGAAAACCUUUUGAAAACGUUGUCUUCUAAUUUCAUGAAAAUUAGCUAUAUCAAGUCCUGUGCUAAUAUUUUAAACGCAGACUUCAAAAACCCAACACAUUUUCUAAGUUUAAACGAAAUAUAUAUUGGAUUAAAGGCUGGAGAAAGUAUUGAAAUUUUAAAAAAUGACGAAAAUGUACCUCGCGCUGCUAUUGCAGAUUUCUAUAGAACCUGCCAGGAGUUUUAUAUUGAAUUGACGUCAGAUAUUACCAAGCGAUUUGAUUUUGGGGAUCCUCUAUUUUCUAUUAUAUCCGCUGUAAAUCCAUCAGAAGCUCAACAGUUUCUAAUUAAAUCACUUGUGCCUGUGCUGAAGCGAUUUCCAGUGCUUUAUAAAUUUGUGACCGCACAAAAAUUAGAUGACGAGUGGCGAACUCACGCUUUGUUAGAUUUUGAGCAACAUGGGCUUGAAAUUCAUGGAGAUAACAUCAAUGCCGAAAGUUACUGGGGUAAAGUAUUUCGCCUUAAAAAUGCUGCGGGAGAAUACAUGUUUCCAAACAUAAAAAUUGUUAUGUCUUUGUUGCUCAUAUUGCCAUUUUCAAACGCGUCGGUCGAAAGAAAAUUUAGUGCGCUUCGAUGUUUAAAAACAGAAAAUCGCAAUCGGCUAAAUACAGAAGGAGUAUCUUUAGCUAGAUCAACUGCUAUGAAUAAACUGGAGGUUGACGCUUACUUUGAGCUUCUUGAAAGCAUAUUGACAGUAGACGAUGGUGUGUUGAAACCAAGUUGUAUCUUCAACAUGGACGAGACUGGUCUUCAGCUUAAUAGUCGACCAGGGCAUGUUCUAGUUGAAAAGGGUUCUAAGGCUAUAUCUACAGUUACUUCGACUGAAAAGGGAGAAACGAUUACAGUUAUAGCCUGCUGCAAUGCUGAAGGUACAUUUUUACCACCUGCCUGUAUCAUGAAAGGCAAAAACAAAAAACCUGAGUUUGAGGAUGGGAUGCCACCGGGAUCGAAACUUUUCAUGUCCCCAAAAUCAGCGUACAUUACCUCAGAUUUAUUUAUUGAAUGGUUGAAAACACAUUUUGUUCCGAGAAAACCAGCUGGAAGAGUACUUCUUUUACUAGAUGGUCAUUCAACUCACUGUAAUUCUGUGAAAAUGCUGAAAUAUGCAAAGGACAAUGACAUCACCUUACUAUCAAUGCCAAGCCACACGUCUCACUACCUCCAACCACUAGAUCGUACGGUGUUUAAAUCACUGAAGACUCAUUUUUACAAGCAGUGUCGACUUUGGCUAAAACAAAAUCCUGGUCGUCGUAUAACACGAUUAUCAUUUGGAAGAUUGCUUAAUAAGGCGUGGGGAAAGGCAGCUGCUGCAGAGAAUGCAUUUGCGGGUUUUAAAGCUACAGGUGUCCACCCCUUCAAUCCAUCUGCAAUUCCCGACUACGCGUUUACCCAAGAAUUGACAAAGCAAAUGUCUAAACCUCAAAAUGAGUGUACAGCCACUGUUAUGGUCGAGGAGCAAGAAGAAAAUACUAGUAACAUAGCUUCUGCUAAUUUGGAACCAGUUCCAAAUACUUUCGAAAUACGACCAGACGUAUCACCUGCAAUCGCUGAGCCAAAUAGCUCUGUUGAGCAAAUAGUUUUAAACGCAAGUCCUGAGAUGAUUACAAGAAGGCCUAAAAAAUUAUUUGCUACUGAUUCAGCAGCAGUAAUUAAAAAAAAUGUCAGAACAAUUCCCUCCAAGAAGCGAUUUGCCAGAUCUGACUCCAGCACGUACUUUAAAGAAAAUAUCGCCAGUUCCACAAAAAAUUAUUGA